AUGUUGGUAGAAUCAGUAUUCGGUUGGUUGGUGAAUAACAGGAUCCGUGGAGAACCAAAUUCUACUUCCCGCAUAGCUUGCAAUACGGCUGGAAAGGUAGAUUUGGAUGAACUUCUCACUCGUUUUUGGUCCUGUGAAGAGAUAGGGUCUCUGAACAAUUAUUCCCCGGAAGAACAACGCUGCGAAGCGCAGUUUGUUCUAACCAAGUGCAGAAGUUCCGAUGGGCAAUACACCGUUGCGUUACCAAAGGACGAAAAAGUAUUUGCAAACAUUGGUGAGUCACGGGAGAUGGCUUUCCUUCGACUUCAAUCCUUGGAACGUAGACUGGAAAAGAAGCCAGAACUACGUCAACACUACCACGGUUUUAUGGAGGAAUACUUGGAGCUUGGAUACAUGCGCAGGGCGGAUGUGGGUCCAGAAAAGCGGUUUUACUUUCCCCAUCAUCCAGUCAUCAAGCAGGCUAGCACAACCACAAAUGUACGAGUUGUGUUCGACGAAUCGGCUAAAAGAAGCAGUGGCAUAUCCCUCAACGAGGCGUAA